CCAUGGGCACGGAGCCGCCGUUGGGCGCCGCCGCCGCGGUCCUGCCCCCGGGCCGGGAUGGGACGCGGGCCCGGACAGAUAUGAACAAUGACCAUAGUUAACAAGCCAAAAUCUUCAAAGUCUAAAAAAUCUUCCUCAAGACGGUCUGACAAAUCUAUGAAACCCCGUACUAAAAAAAUGACGUCUCGCACUGCAAGUUUGGGCCGGGUACCCCCUACAGAAGAUCCAAACAAAGUCUCUGUGGACAAAGGUCCUGGGGGGCAUAUUUAUUGUAGAUCAUCUCAAAAAUCAAAGCCUUUUGCCCAAAGAGAUCUAGUUGUUAAUGAUGGGAUUGCUCCGCCACAAAGAAUUCUUUUUCCACCUGAGAAAAUCUGUAUGGAUUGGCAACAAACACAAAGUGUUGGAGUUGGACUGCAGAACCUCGGCAACACAUGUUUCCUUAAUUCUACUCUCCAGUGUUUGACCUACACGCCUCCUCUUGCCAAUUACAUGCUUUCACUUGAGCACACCAAGUCAUGUCAUGUAGAAGGAUUCUGUAUGAUGUGCACAAUGGAAAGUCACAUCAACCAGGUCCUGUGUUGCUCUAAUAAUGCCAUCAAACCUACGUCUGUUAUCAAUGGCCUUAAAAGAAUAGGAAAACAUUUCCACUUUGGCAGUCAAGAGGAUGCACAUGAAUUCUUAUGCUUCACUGUUGAUGCUUUACAGAAAGCUUGCUUGAAUGGAAGCACCAAAUUAGACAGAUCUUCUCAAGCCACCACACUUAUUUAUCAAAUAUUUGGAGGAUAUCUAAGAUCUCGAGUAAAGUGCUUGAACUGCAAAGCAGUGUCAGAUACGUACGAGCCAUUUCUCGACGUUACUUUGGAUAUAAAGGCAGUUACAUCUGUCACCAGAGCUCUAGAACAAUUUGUGAAACCGGAACAGCUGGAUGGUGAAAAUAGCUAUAAGUGUAGCAAGUGUAAAAAGAUGGUUCCAGCGUCAAAGAGAUACACGAUACAUCGCUCUUCCAAUGUUCUCACAAUAUCACUGAAAAGAUUUGCAAAUUUUACGGGUGGAAAGAUCAACAAGGAUGUAAAAUACCCUGAAUAUUUGGAUCUUCGAGCAUAUAUGUCCCAAUCUAUUGGAGAACCCCUCAUCUAUGCUUUAUAUGCAGUUCUUGUACAUAGUGGCUUCAACUGUAAUGCUGGACACUAUCUCUGCUUCAUAAAGGCUGGCAAUGGACUUUGGUACCGAAUGAAUGAUGCCUCAGUAGAGCUUUCUGAUAUCAAAACAGUUCUCAAUCAGCAAGCUUAUGUACUUUUUUAUAUCAGGCGCUACGAUCUGACGCUGGGGGAGCGAGCCUUUUACCUGCCCGCGCCCUCCUACCCGCGCUCCUUCCUGGGCCAGCGCGGGGCCAACAGCAAGCAGGCUGCAUUCAUGGGACCUCGGCUUCCUCCUCACAUGAUUAAGAGUUCAAGUCGUUUAAAUGGAAAUGGACCCUUAAAAGAGGAUCCCAGUGCUGUUGGUGUUGCUGUAAAAAGGCCAUCUUCAGCUCCACCAACAGCUUGUGUUCAAAACUGGGCAAUUUCCAGGCCGUCAAUGACAGACCCUUCCAAAACCCAGAAGAUCACGAUCAGUAUUCACAACAAGCUGCCCACUCGGCAGGCGGUGCCGCAGGCGGAGUGUCCGAGCAGCGCUGUGGAGGAGGAGGAUCUGAAGCCCCUUCCUUCAGCCACAAUUACAAACUCUUCCACAGCAGAGCCUACCUCAAACCUCUCCACAGUGUCAGUUGCUACUAAUGUCUCCAAGCAGGAGGUUCCUGAUGAAAUCUUUGUUGAGCCAGCAGUGAAUGGAAACCCUAAGCUCUGUUCUGACAACAUGGUCCCUUUCAGUGCAGAACCUUCAGGAAAAUCCGAGGAGUCCAAGGGCUUGUUCAAAAGGCAUUGCAACGUCAUAUCUUCCAAUGGAAUUCUGAUUGGGAAGAUGGUCCAUACAUUGCAUAAUUCCCAUUCAUCCUGUCAGAAUGCAGAAGAAAGAUCCCAGCAUGAGCUGCCAAAAAUUGAUUCUCUAAAUGGUGCUAUUAGUUUAGAUAAUGAAUAUAAAGAAAAUGGACUGAAACUUGAUGAUCCCACUUGCCAAGUCCAACCCGUUAAACCUUCCGAGAUUUUCUUCUCUAAAGCAAAUGGAGUGCUUGAAGCGAUGCCUAAAGCUUUGUCACCAGAUCCUCAAGGUAUCUUAGAAUCUCUUACGUACAGCCAGUUGAACAGCUUGUCAGAGGAAAAGAGUGUCUCUGGACCUCAGAAAUCCUCUGACAAUGAUGGAGUUACGGAUACUGUAGUGAUGGAAGCACUGUUUGCCUAUGAAGAAUCCAGGAAGGUUCCUUCCAACUUUAGCUGUGAGGUUGAGAAACUUUUUACUCAAUCAGAUUCUGAAACCAUUUUUACCAAAGAAGAAGUUCCUGAAAGUAUUGUAACAAAAGCUGAUAAUGCACAUCUCAAUAUCAAUGGUCAGCACAAGGUUAGGAAAAAAUCCUUGGAUACUGAAGGUGAAUUCCUUGGGCAGUGUGAGUCUGAAGACAUCAGAGAUAAAGACAAACUAAGAAGAUCAAAAGAAGCUGAACUCAUUUCAAAAGAAAAUCCUUUGUACAUCAAAGGAUCUCCUGAGAGCAAAGAGAAAUUAGGGCAAAUUUCCUCUAUAAAGCCUGACAUUGAAUGUAGUUCUAAAAAACUUGCAUCUCUAGAUAUUACAGAUAAAUGCCAAGAUACAAAGGACAUUUCUAAUAACUAUGUAGAGGUACCACCUGUUAAUGACUCUUCUAUUACAAAGCUGGAUAAAGUAUUGGAAAGUCAAUUUUCUAGAGCAGACGAGGGACCGAGUAAUAAAAUAUGUGAAGAUGAUGAUAAACAUAUGAAAAAAAAUAAGAAAAAAAUCCAUGACUCUAAAAGAACUGACAAAGAGCACUACCGGAGGAAGAGAGAAAACUCGGACACUGAGGAGAAGGAGAGGCAAACCAGAAACAAACCAGAUGAUCAUUCCCACAGGAGGAGGAGCUCUCACAGCGUGGAAACAAACAAGCAGAGCCGUCAUAAGCAGGAGUAUUGUAGUGAGAGCAAGUACAGAUCCUCCCACAAUGAAAGAAACAGUCCCAGUAAUGGCAGGAGCUCAGGAAAAUAUUCUCGUUACAGAUCCCGAAGCAGAGAAAGGACAGAUCCAGACAGGAAUAGGUACUAUUAUUCCAAAGGAGACAGACCUUGGAUUAGAGAAAGAUACUAUCAAGAUGAACCACGGAGAUGGGAAAAAUGCAGGUACUACAAUGAUUAUUAUUCCUCCCAUGGAACAAGAGAUGGUAGGGACAGGAGGUCCUCUCAUUGUGAUAAAGACUAUGACAAAUUGAGCCAAGCUUACAGCAGGUCACACAAGGAUUAUCAUUGCAAAAGCAGAUGGGCUCACAGCACACUCUCCCGAGAGGAGGAUGUGCAUCACUUCAGCAGCCACAGAGCAAACUUCCACCAUUGUUCAGUACCUCAGCAGCACUCAGAAAAAUACUCCCGUGAAAGGCACGCACUUCCACCAGUGUCAGCUCACUCAAAUUUGGAGGACUCUUCCCGGGAAAAUGAAAAAGAAAAACUAAGAAAUGGCAAAAGAAAAUACUCCCACCAAGAAGAAAGUGGAAGUGACAUAGAAAAGAAAUUCCGAAAGACAGAUGACCAAAGAAUCAAAAAGUAUAAGAAGGUCAAGAAGAAAAAGAAGUCCAAAGAUAAACAUCGAGAGAAGGAUUACAAACAUUAUGAUUUGGAUUGCUCUGUGCUCCACUUUGACAAUGACAAUCGCAAACAUAAGAAAAAGAAGAAAAAGAAGAAGCACGACAGGAAACUGAAAGACUUACUGGAAUAUUUAGAUCCUCAUUUCCAGAAGAAAACAUGGGAGAAGAAGGAAGAAUCCCGUCCUCCAGAUGACCAUUUAUGUGAGCAAUACAGAAACCAGGGCAGUAAACAACCCUACAAGGAAGAGAAGCCUUCUGGUGCAGGUGACAGCAAGAAAUACAGCUCCAUGGCAUCCACUGAGUAUGUCAGAGAUGUGGAGCUGACUGAUGAAAGCCUUCAAUACUCAGACUGAACCCACCACCAACCCCAACAACUUCUCAUCAUCACAACCAACAACUUCUCAUCAUCAAAACCAACAACUUCUUACCUUCAACGACUUCUUACCUUCAAACCUGACAUUACCAAUAGUGACCAUCAAAACUUAAGAUUUAUUAUCAAUUACCAUCAAGACAAAAUCCAGUCAUAAGUGGUGCUUAACAUUUCUGUACAGAAUUUUACCAUAUAAGAACUUUUUUUUAGUUUUUAACUUGAGACUUUCUUUUUUAAAAUAUACUUCUAAUCCAAAAGGGUGAAAACUUUUUACAACUGCUGAACAUUGUAAAUUACCACAUAAAUAUCUCACUGAGCUGAGAUAAUGCCCUGGAAUAGACCAUCUCAAAUGCUGCUUAAUUACAGACUCAGGUUGACUUUAUGUUAUUCAUGUAAUGUUACUCCAAGUUAAGACAUCUGGUGCAAGAGCGACCAGGAAUUAUAAAAGUUGCAACUGACAGUCUGUAUAUUUAAUUUAAAGACUUAUUUAAAACUUCACAAGUUUUGCAAGAGCUUCAUUUUUUUUUCCUGUGGUCUGACACUAGAAACUAAUUUACUUCACAUUUGAGUUAUAUUCAAGAUCUGAAGAAAAUCUUCUGGUUUUUGACAUUGUGAAACAACGAAUAUGCAGUUCUGAAUGUAUCUCUCAAGACUGUUUGUAUAUUGUUCCAUAUGUUUUUAUUACAUUUUCUUAAUAUACUGUCAUUUGUCUUAAGUCUCAGUUGUCUGUUUUGUCUCUCUAAAGUGUCUAGUUACAGACAAUUCAUACUGUGAUUUUUAUUUUUAUUAUUAAAUGCUAUCAAACUGUGAUGCACUUAUUAUUCACUGGUCCUGCAUCAGGAGAUGAGUGGGGAACCUGUAUUAAAUACAGUUCAUCUGAAUAAUCUGUCUGGUUUAUACAAGCUGUGUUGUUCAGAGAUGUCUAAAGUUUGAUCUUUGUUUUUUUAAAGAUAAAAAGCACUUGCCCCACUGUAAAUAUAUAGCAUGUAAAAUUUAUAUAGUAUAUAAAUACAGCAAAGUUAAAAUGGAUUUUUACUUGAGUUUUACUUGAGUUAUUUAACAUGCACUGUGUCAUGGGAGCUGACAGCUGUCAGAGCGUGUUUGACACUCGAGAAGUCACAUCUUCCUCUCAGUGUAGGGGAGAAGAUGCUGUUGGUGUGAGCCAGAGAAGAUCAGUAACCUGGGACUGCAGCUGCCUAGACAAGGAUGCUGAAAGCUUCUCCUUUGAACUUAAAGCUUCCACAGCCAGGCACCAGGCUGGGAGCUCAGCAGGAGCUUGGUAUUGUGUAUGAAAAAAAAAACAAACAUCAAAACCAACCAAAAAAAAAAGGCAAAAAAGCCCAAGGUUAAUGUCUCACUAAAUACUUAGAAGUAAUCUUUUGGUACAUGGAGAACACCAUAAAGCCAAAGCAUAAUGUACCUGCAUAAUGUUCCUAUGGCAACAGUUAUGUGACUUAACAUAAAGUAACAUGGCAAAGUAGCCAACA